AUUAUAUCCAAAAACAAACAAAAAGUAAACGCCUAAUCGUGGUUACUAAAGGAGAAAAAACCAUUGAAGAAAAAAAAAAACAAAAUAAUGGCUCCUUCUUCUUUUUCCUCUCACGCUGUAGCUCUGAAAAAAUAUGAUGUUUUCAUCAGCUUUAGAGGCGAAGACACUCGCGCUGGAUUCACAAGCCAUCUUUACGAAACUUUCUUACAAAGCAAGUUUCAUACAUACAUAGACUACAGGAUCCAAAAAGGAGACCAUGUUUGGGCAGAACUUACGAAAGCAAUCAAACAAUCCACUAUCUUUUUGGUAGUGUUCUCGAAGAACUAUGCGUCUUCAACAUGGUGUUUGAACGAACUCGUUGAAAUAAUGGAGUGUAGUAACAAAGACAACGUUGCUGUUAUUCCUGUGUUUUACCAUAUUGACCCCUCCCGCGUGCGGAAACAGACUGGAAGUUACGGCACUGCGUUGGCAAAACACAAGAAGCAAGGCUGUGAUCAUAAGAUGAUGCAAAAUUGGAAGAAUGCUCUUUUUCAAGCAGCCAAUUUAUCCGGUUUUCAUUCUACCACAUACAGGACUGAAUCUGACUUGAUUGAAGACAUUACCAGAGUUGUAUUGAGAAAAUUGAAUCACAAGUACACAAAUGAGCUUACGUGUAAUUUCAUACUCGAUGAAAACUAUCGCACCAUUCAGUCUUUAAUAAAAAAAAUUGAUUCAAUAGAAGUUCAAAUCAUUGGACUUUGGGGCAUGGGGGGCAUAGGUAAGACAACCCUUGCUGCUGCUUUGUUUCAAAGGGUCUCUUUCAAGUAUGAAGGCAGUUGCUUCUUAGAAAAUGUGACAGAAGUAUCAAAAAGGCAUGGAAUCAAUUUCAUAUGCAACAAACUUCUUUCUAAGUUACUAAGGGAAGAUCUUGAUAUUGAAUCUGCCAAAGUAAUACCAUCCAUGAUCAUGAGAAGACUCAAACGCAUGAAAUCUUUCAUUGUACUAGAUGAUGUUCAUACUUUGGAACUUCUGCAAAACUUGAUUGGAGUCGGGAAUGGUUGGCUAGGAGAUGGUAGCAUAGUCAUUGUAACGACAAGGGAUAAGCAUGUGCUGGUUAGUGGAGGAAUUGACAAAAUUCAUCAAGUUAAAGAAAUGAACUCUCGAAACUCCCUCCAGCUUUUCAGCUUCAAUGCUUUUGACAAAGUCUUACCUAAGGAGGGAUAUGUGGAGCUCUCAGAAAGAGUGAUUGAUUACGCCAAAGGCAACCCUUUAGCUCUAAAAGUUUUGGGAUCAUUUCUUUGUAGCAAAAGUGAAAUAGAAUGGAACUGUGCAUUAGCUAAACUGAAGGAAAUUCCCAAUGCAGAAAUCGAUAAGAUAAUGAGAUGGAGUUAUAAUGAAUUAGAUGAUAAAGAGAAAAACAUAUUUCUGGACAUUGCAUGCUUUUUCAAAGGACAUGAAAGGGAUAGGAUGACAACAAUAUUAAAUCAGUGCGGUUUCUUUGCAGAUAUAGGGAUAAGAACUCUUUUAGACAAGGCUCUUAUAAGAGUUGACUUUGAAAAUUGCAUACAAAUGCAUGACUUGAUACAAGAAAUGGGCAAACAAGUCGUUCGUGAAGAAUCUCUUAAGAAUCCAGAACAAAGCAGUAGAUUGUGGGAUCCUAAGGAAGUUUAUGAUGUAUUGAAAAAUAAUAGAGAAACAAAGAUCGUGGAAGCUAUAUUUUUAGAUGCCACAGAAUCUAGACAUAUAAAUUUAAGCCCCAAAACAUUUGAAAAGAUGCCAAACCUAAGGUUACUUGCUUUUCGAGAUCACAAGGGAAUUAAAUCUGUAAGCCUUCCCAGUGGCCUUGACUCGUUGCCAAAAAAUUUGAGAUAUUUUUUGUGGGAUGGAUAUCCAUCGAAGUCUCUGCCUCCAACCUUUUGUCCUGAAAUGCUUGUGGAGUUUUCCCUACAAGACAGCCAUGUGGAAAACCUUUGGAAUGGAGAAUUGAAUUUGCCAAAUUUGGAGAUACUUGACCUAAGCAACUCGAAAAAGCUGAUAGAGUGUCCAAAUGUAUCUGGUUCCCUGAAUCUAAAAUAUGUAAGACUUAAUGGUUGUUUAAGCUUGCCUGAAGUUGAUUCGUCAAUUUUCUUUCUCCAAAAGCUUGAAAGUUUAAUCAUAGAUGGAUGCAUAUCGCUUAAGAGCAUUUCCAGUAACACUUGUUCACCAGCCCUCCGUGAAUUGAAUGCCAUGAAUUGCAUCAAUCUCCAAGAGUUCUCCGUCACAUUUUCUUCAGUUGAUAAUUUGUUUUUGAGUUUGCCUGAGUUCGGUGCAAAUAAAUUUCCAUCAUCAAUAUUGCAUACAAAAAAUCUUGAAUAUUUUUUAUCUCCUAUCAGUGAUAGUCUUGUGGAUCUUCCUGAAAACUUUGCCAAUUGUAUCUGGCUUGCGAAUUCACUGAAAGGUGAACGUGACUCUUCCAUCAUCUUACAUAAAAUACUUCCUAGUCCUGCUUUCCUGAGUGUAAAACACUUAAUAUUAUUUGGUAAUGAUGUUCCUUUCUUGUCUGAAAUCCCAGACAACAUUUCCUUACUAUCGUCAUUAAAGUCUUUAAGACUAUUUAAUAUAGCCAUUAGAAGCUUGCCUGAAACCAUUAUGUAUCUUCCCCAACUCGAAAGUCUUAGUGUUUUCAAUUGUAAAAUGCUGCUAUUCCGGCUCUUCCAAAGUUCAUUCCAUUUUUCAUUGUCAGGAAUUGUGAAUCUCUUGAGAAAGUGUUGCGUCCAAUGAGUGAACCAUUUAACAAACCCAGUCGUGGUUUUCUGCUUCUUAACUGCAUAAAAUUAGAUCCAGUUUCAUACCGAACAGUUUCGGAAUAUGCUAUUUUUUGGAUUAAAUUUGGAGCAAGAAUAAAUUCAGAAAAUGAAGACAUGUCUUUAUAUUAUGACAAUGGUAUUAUUUGGUACUUCUUACCUGCUAUGCCUGGCAUAGAAUAUUGGUUUCAUCACCCUUCUACACAAGUUUCUGUUACUCUUGAGCUUCCUCCUAAUUUGUUGGGUUUUGCCUACUACUUGGUUCUUUCUCCAGGCCAUAUGGGAUAUGGUGUAGAUUUUGGAUGUGAGUGCUACUUGGACAAUAGUUCAGGUGAAAGGAUCUAUAUAACAAGUUUCACAAGAUCCAACUUCUACCACAAGUCCUGUGAUUUUAUUAAUGCUUCAAUCCACAUGAUGUCACAUCAUGUGGUUUUGUGGUAUGAUCCACGAAGUUGCAAACAGAUAAUGGAAGCAGUUGAAGAAACAAAAUUCAUUAAUGAUGUGAUCAUCAAUUACAAUCCAAAGCUUACUUUUAGAUUCUUUAUUGAAGAAACCCAACGUAAUGAAGAAAUGAUAGUAGAGUGUGGUUUUCACUGGAUAUAUCCCUUUGAAGCCAGUGCAAUUCAAAAUAGAACUGAGGAUAUCAAAUCCAAUGAUCAAGAAUAUACAGUUCCUCCAACAAACAAGUGAGAGCAGUGUGUCGUUGAAACUUUGUCCAGGUUAUGAAGUAAAUGAAACAGAAGACUUGAGACAGGUAUUCACUCGAACGACUUUUGCAUAUUGGAUUUGAUGGAGACCUGUGGCUUCCAGAAGAAUCAAGGAAGUCCUAGACGUGUGGCUUCUUCUUGAAGCAAGAUAAGGGUCUCCAAGCAUUGCAAGACGGAGUUAGCCAAGUUCUAAUGUUUAAAUAAGUUGAAUAACGUACCAAAAGAAGAUUUUGUAUUACAUCCAUAUUUUGAACAGUCAUCAAAAGAGCACCUUAGAUAAUCUUCAAUUUGUGGUUGAGUACCUGCUUGGUUAUCAAAGCCUUAUACAUGCUAACAUUACCAAUCAAUUACCAGGGUUAUGAUUGACUACUUUAGGAGAAAUAGACUAAUCUGUCAUGAUGGUUACAUAAAGAGUUAGAGAAGGAAAUUGCGUGGAAUGGAUAUCAAUCUUUCCCUGCCAUAUACUAUUUUGUGGUUCAGUAAAAACUUGAAGGGUUUCAAUUAUAAAAAGAAAAUGAAGUGAAAACAAUGUACUAACUGUUUAACCAUGUGAAAACAGAGAGAAUUGAUAUAAAUUUCAUAUUGUAUUCAUCUAACUAUGUA